CAGGAUCUCCAGACGAGUGCUGGUGCUGGUAGGAAGACGGAGGCUGUAGUGUCAGAGGAGAUGAGAAUUCAGUCUGUGUUCCUGCAGUAUCCCCUGCCCUACCCCCAGGAUGCCCCCACUCCACUGCUGGUCCCCAGAGCCCCACACAGCUGCACUUUGGGAACUCCCCCUCCACCUCAGACGCAAGAGACGGAGCGGACGGGGAGUUCUCUGAUGACCUGCUGCCCCGCCUUCCUCCUGUGGGCCCCCCCUCCUGGGAUAGUAACGUGGUCUGCAUCCAGCCAGCACGCAACCUCAGCCGGCCCGACGGCCUGGAGGACCCAGAGGAGCAGCAGAACAACAACAACGUGAGUCAGCUAGUCUGAGGACAACAAUGGUAGUUAGCUCGUCUGAGAAUAACAACGGUAGUUAGCUAGUCUGAGAACAACAGCGGUAGUCAGCUAGUCUGAGAACAACAGCGGUAGUCAGCUAGUCUGAGAACAACAGCGGUAGUUAGCUAGUCUGAGAAUAACAACGGUAGUUAGCUAGUCUGAGGACAACAACUGUAGUCAGCUAGUCUGAGAACAACAACGGUAGUUAGCUAGUCUGAGGACGACAACUGUAGUCAGCUAGUCUGAGGACAACAACGGUAGUUAGCUCGUCUGAGAAUAACAACGGUAGUUAGCUAGUCUGAGAACAACAACGGUAGUCAGCUAGUCUGAGAACAACGG